AUGCGUCGAACUGCUCUCACGAGAAACAUCAAUUUUCGACCGUCUACGGCCUCCUCUGUCCUCCGCGACCGUGUAAGGCGACCAGCAUUUCUGGAGAAGCUAGCAGACCCCAAGGAUCUUGCUCCGCUAUUCCGGGAUGACGAUUAUAUAGCAUGGAGCGGGUUCACCGGUGUCGGAUACCCCAAAUCAGUCCCAGCGGCAAUUGCAGACUAUGUCGAGGCCAACAAUCUGCAGUCUCAAAAACGCUUCAAUCUCUUUGUUGGCGCAUCAGUGGGUCCAGAAAUUGAAGAGCGUUGGGCCAAGCUCGACAUGAUUGCCCGCCGCUACCCCCACCAAGUCGGCAAAGAGAUUGCCAAAGGCAUCAACAGUGGACGAAUCGAGUUCGCAGACAAACACUUGUCGAUGUUCCCGCAGGACCUCACUUAUGGGUAUUACAGUCUCCGUAAGACUCAUGGAGACCCCAAGAAACACCUCAACUGGGCCAUUGUCGAAGCUACAGCCAUUACAGAAGACGGCCAUAUUGUUCCAGGUGCUUCCGUUGGAGCAACGCCGGAGAUUCUCGAGUGCGCUGAGAAGAUCAUCAUCGAAGUUAACACCCAUCUGCCAAACCUCGAAGGCCUCCACGAUAUUUCCCAGUCUUUCGUUCCGCCAAACCGACAGCCCUACCUCGUUAGCCAUCCUGAAGACAGAAUCGGCAAAACAGCAAUUGCCAUCGACCCCGACCGUGUCGUCGCCAUCGUUGAAUCUCAUUUACCUGAUAAUACCGGCCCCAAUGCGCCAGAGAAUGAAGAGUCCCGCGCGAUUGCAGGCCACCUCAUUGAAUUCCUCUCGUCUGAGGUCGAUGCUGGACGUCUUCCUCGCUCCCUCCUCCCAUUGCAGUCCGGUAUUGGAAACGUAGCCAACUCCAUUAUCGGUGGUCUUGCUGCUGGGCCGUUUGACAACGUCAUGGUGUGGACGGAAGUUCUUCAAGAUACAUUCCUGAAGUUCUUCGACUCUGGCAAGCUGGAUUUCGCAACUGCUACUUCGAUCAAGUUCAGCGCGGAAGGGUUCGACCACUUUUACGCUCAUUGGGCCGACUACAAAGACCGACUACUCCUACGCUCACAACAAGUUGCCAACGCUCCCGAAAUUAUUAGGCGUCUUGGUGUCAUCGCAAUGAAUACUCCUCUAGAAGUGGACAUCUAUGCGCAUGCUAAUUCGACUUGCGCUCUGGGCUCCCGAAUGCUCAACGGCCUAGGUGGUUCUGCCGACUUCUUGCGCAACGCCAAACUCUCCAUCAUGCAUACUCCGUCAAGUCGACCGACAAAAUCCGACCCCACUGGCAUCUCCUGCAUCGUACCAUUUGCUUCGCAUAUCGACCAAACUGAGCAUGAUCUUGAUGUUGUUGUGACGGAACAAGGUCUCGCAGACCUACGAGGACUGUCUCCCCGCGAGCGAGCUCCCAUUAUUAUCAAGAACUGCGCUCAUCCGGAUUACCGCGACAUGCUUAUGGAUUACUAUGAACGGUCUUUACACGAAUGCAUUGCUGCUGGACGGGGACAUGAGCCUCAUAUGCUGCGGAAUGCAUUCAAGAUGCAUAUUCAGUUGAUGGAGCAGGGAACGAUGAAGGUCGACAAGUGGGAUUAG